AUGCUAUCAACUAUCUUAAAUAUCUUUAUCCUGUUGCUCUUCAUACAGGCAUCCCUACAGGCUCCAAUACCUGUAGUUACCAAAUAUGUUACCGAAGGUAUUGCCGUUGUUACGGAGACCAACGUCCGCGUUGUAACUAAAACAAUUCCAAUCGUUCAAGUCCUAAUCUCCGAUGGGGCAACUUACACUCACACACUCACUACCGUUAGCACCGCAGAAGAGAACGGAAAUUUUCAACCGAUCACAACGACAUCCAUCGUGAAUAAAGAGGUUGUUGUGCCAACUUCUGUUACCCCGAACACCCAACAAACACGACCAACGCAGGUGGAUACAACUCAAAACAACGCUGACACUCCUGCCGCUCCUACUCCGUCCCCUACUACGUCCAGCAAUAACGGCGUAUUCACUACCUACAGUACUACUCGUAGUGUAGUGACGUCUGUAGUGGUAGUUGGUCCUGAUGGGUCCCCUAUUGAAAACACUGGACAAACUGCAAAUCCAACAACAACCGCCCCUACUACUUCGACUACGGCCGCUCGUACUACAAGUUCAACAUCAACCACUCCUACCGCAUCUAGUACCCCUGGUGGUAACCAUCCACGAAGCAUUGUUUACAGUCCAUAUUCCGACUCAAGUCAAUGCAAAGAUGCCACGACUAUUGAAACUGAUUUGGAAUUUAUUGCCUCUAAAGGAAUUUCUGCUGUAAGAAUUUACGGUAAUGAUUGCAACUAUCUCACGGUUGUGCUUCCCAAGUGUGCUUCUUUGGGUCUAAAGGUUAACCAAGGUUUCUGGAUUGGUCCAUCUGGUGUUGACUCUAUAGAUGAUGCUGUCCAGGAAUUUAUUCAAGCUGUGAAUGGAAACAAUGGGUUUAAUUGGGAUCUCUUUGAGCUCAUUACUGUGGGCAAUGAAGCUAUCAGCGCAGGUUACGUUUCAGCUUCUAGUCUAAUUUCAAAGAUCAAAGAAGUCUCGUCCAUAUUAUCAAGUGCAGGAUACACUGGUCCAAUUACUACUGCUGAGCCACCAAAUGUUUAUGAAGAUUACGGAGAUCUAUGUUCCACGGAUGUGAUGUCUAUCGUUGGAGUUAAUGCUCAUUCCUACUUCAACACCUUGUUUGCUGCUUCUGAUUCCGGUUCUUUUGUCAAAAGCCAGAUUGAGGUCGUCCAAAAAGCAUGUUCCCGAUCAGACAUCACCAUUAUAGAAACAGGAUAUCCAAGCCAAGGAGCAACUAACGGAAAGAAUGUUCCUAGCAAAGAAAAUCAAAAAACUGCAAUAUUUUCCAUUUUUGAGGUAGUGGGAACAGAUGUCACAAUCCUGAGUACCUACGAUGACCUAUGGAAAGACCCAGGCCCGUAUGGCAUUGAGCAGUUUUUCGGAGCUAUCGAUCUGUUUAGUUAA